AUGGCUUCCGAAGCAACCAACAUCGUCCUCCGCAAGAUCACAAUCUUCGCCUUCCCGCCAGCCUUCAUCAUCCUCCUCAUCCACGGCAUCAUCUCCAACUGCGCCUUCCCGGCCCUCGGCAUCCUGCCCCUCGCCGCCUCCGCGAUCCUCGGCCUCUUCAUCAUCCGCCGCGACCUCAUCGCCGCCCUCGGCUCCCCGAUCCAAGCCCUCACGCCGUCAAACAUCUUCUUUGCUGAUGUCACACUCGGCAUCUUCCACUUGGUCUUCCUCUUCAUCAGCUGGGCGCUCAUCAGGGAGCCGUGGGACAGGGGCCAGGUUGUUCUCGGCACAUAUGGAACCGUGCCUUUGAUGCUUGAUACUGUGAGCAAGACGAGCUACUUCACGACGGGCGUGUCGGAGUACACUCCUCUCAGUGACGGUGACACGGAGCCUGAGGUCCUCGAGAGGGAUCUUGAAGCGGGUCACUGA